ACUUAACGGUCAUCAACAUUCAUAACUAAAAAGAUGAAUGAAUACGUAUUGGAAAAACUGGGAAAGUGCAGUAACCUCAACCAUCUUAAACAACUUCAAGCCUUUCUCACUCUCAAUCCCCAUUCCCAUUCCCAAUCCCAAUUCUAUUCCUUCAAGCUUAUCCGCUUUGCAGUCAUCUCUCUCGCCGAUCUCUCCUACGCUCGUUCCAUUUUCGACACUCUCCACUCUCCAAACGUCUACAUUUACUCUGCCAUCAUCACUGCUUACGCUUCUCACUCACAUUCCCAUUCCGCUUUUGAUUUGUUCCGCCUUAUGCUCAGAAGGGGAGACCCUGCGGCUGCCCCCAAUCAUUUUAUAUAUCCCCAACUCUUGAAGUCUUUGCCCCAAGCAGCACCUCUGCUCCACACCCACAUUCUCAAAUCCGGUUUUGGGACCAACCCAAUUGUGCAGACUGCUCUUAUCGACUCUUACUCGAGGAGAUUCGAUGUCGAUGUUAGGGAUGCAAGACAGGUGUUUGAUGAAAUGCCUGACAGAAAUAGAAAUGUCGUUUCUUGGACGGCUAUGAUUUCGGGCUACACUAGAGUUGGAGAUAUUGACAAUGCGAUACUUCUCUUUGAGGAAAUGCCUGUUCGUAUUCGAGACGUGCCUUCAUGGAAUGCUUUGAUUGCGGGGUGCACACAGAAUGGUUUCUUUCAGCAGGCCAUUUCUUUGUUCAAAAAAAUGAUCUUUAUCUUGGGAGAUGAUCAUCAUCAUCACCUUUGUCUUAUUGGACUGAAGCCCAACCAUGUUACCGUUGCUUCUGUUCUUUCAGCUUGUGGACAUAGUGGCAUGCUCAGGCUUGGAAAAUGGAUUCAUUGUUAUGUUUAUAGAAAUGGGCUCUUACCGGAUUCGAUUCUCUCCAAUGCGCUAGUUGAUAUGUACGGGAAAUGUGGCAACUUGAGAGAGGCAAGGAUGAUUUUUGACAUGACCUCGCCAAAAUGCUUGACUUCUUGGAAUUCCAUGAUCAAUUGCUAUGCUCUACAUGGUGAAAGCAAGAGUUCAAUUAGUGUGUUUGAGGAGAUGAUACGAUUUAAAGAUCGUGAUGUGUCAAUUACACCUAAUGAGAUUACUUUCAUUGGCUUAUUUAAUGCUUGUACUCAUGGAGGAUUGGUUGAAGAAGGCAUUGCUUAUUUCGAUAUGAUGACUAACGUUUAUGAGAUCAAGCCUAAAAUUGAACACUACGGCUGUUUGAUAGACCUUCUUGGUAGAGCUGGGCGAUUCGACGAAGCCAUGGAGGUUGUAAGGGGAAUGGAGAUGGAAGCUGAUGAAGUUAUGUGGGGUUCUUUGCUGAAUGGAUGCAGAAUUUAUGGCCGUACAGAUCUAGCACAAAUCGCAGUGCAAAAGCUCAUAGAGAUUGCUCCACACAAUGGCGGUUAUGUGAGUAUGCUGGCCAACAUAUAUGGAGAAUUGGGGAAGUGGGAUGAGGUUCGAAAGGUUAGGAGGAUGUUGAAGGUUCAAAAUGCCUAUAAAACUCCCGGGUGCAGUUGGAUUGAAGUCGAUGAACAGGUUUUUCAGUUCUACUCUUCUGAUACAGCUCAUCCUAGAAUAGAAGAAGUUUACAGCAUCUUGGAAAGUCUAACUGGAUUUUUAAGUUUAAAAUCAAGUUAGAAUAGCUUUAUCUACUUUCUCAUAACAACAAAGUAUGUUAUUUGUAGUUUAUUUUGUAGUCAAAAAUUUAUUUCUUUUCUGAUGUUGAAAUAUGUUUAAUAAAUACACAAUGAAAGUAGAUUUUUAACAGUACUUAAUUUAUUUUAUUGAUUCAUGAAAGUAGAAGUAGUACUAGUGAAGUUAAAGUUAAA